GAGUCACGCCGAGCAUGCUCUCUUUGGGUGGCUAGAGGGGAGAGCCCUUUCUUUUGUCCACCCUUUGAUUAAGUGGGCCUUUGCUGCUGCUGGCUUUGUCCCCUCUGGGAUUUGGGGCGGGGUUGGAGAGCCUGUGUAUGUGUGAUUUAUCUGCACAUUCUUUUUCCUCUCUGCAAUUCCAGGGUCAUGCUGCGGCAGCCUGGCGCCUGACAAGUGAGGGGGAACCUGCCAGGAGAUUACCGCUAGUGCAAGCUUCGGCAGGACAGACUGGCCUCGGGGGAGCGGGGAUGGGCAGAGCAGCUCCAGGCAGGGGGCCUGGGCCCUGGUGGGAAGGGCUCCGCACGCUGUGAUGACCCAGGUGGCUUGGAUGCAGUCCUCCAUGAGCAGCAGCUGUUCCUGGCCCCAGAGGACCCCACAGCAGAAGUAGGUGCUUCCUGAUCCCCUGCACCACAGCAGCUGGGAAUGUGAGCACCAGGAGAAGAGAGCAGCACUUGGAUGGGUCGCAGUGGGGCAGAAGCCAGCAGCAGGAGAUCUUGGGCUCUGCAGCCGUUUCCUGAUGCCCACAGAGCUGCGGUUUUCCUUCUGUCACUGUUGGAGCCUGUCUCCCCUCCCCUGGCAGCCAGGGUGGGAAGGGCUGUUGCGUGGAAUGCAGCCCCCUGAAGCCAUGUGUGCUCCGUUGUGAUCAGAGUUCAGGGCUUUCCCGCUGUGGGGCUGCCUCGGCGUCUGCUCAUGAGCCACAAGGACCCCGACUGCUCCAGACUGGACCUUUUCAAGCCACCAAAGAGGGGAACCUCUGGAGCUGGCGGCCAGCAAUCCCAAGGGACUAGAGGGCUGGCAUGGACUGAACUCCCCCUCACCAGGGUGGCUGGAGAGUCAGAGGCUUUGUGGCCCAGCUAGUGGCAGAGAAACCGGAUGAAGCCCUAAGCAGGGGCUGAAGUGGCUCAGGGACAGGGGAGCUACUCCUGCCAACGAGCUUUCUCCUCAGAGGGAGGAGGGCUUGCUUAGGGUCCCCUGCCACAGCACGUGCCCCUAUGCCCUUGGCACAUACUGCCACAACAGGCAGGCUGCGCCGUGGCCAGCCCCUCAGUGGACUGGGAAAGGAGUGGCCACGGUGACAGCCCCCUGCACACCAGCACCAUGAAGUGUUCCCUGCGGGUGUGGUUCCUCUCGGUGGCCUUCUUGCUGGUGUUCAUCAUGUCCCUGCUCUUCACCUACUCGCACCAUAGCAUGGCCACCUUGCCCUACCUGGACUCUGGGGCCCUGGGUGGGACACACCGGGUAAAGCUGGUGCCUGGCUACGCUGGCCUGCAGCGCCUGAGCAAGGAGGGGCUCUCGGGCAAGAGCUGCACCUGCCGCCGCUGCAUGGGUGACGCCGGUGCCUCCGAUUGGUUCGACAGCCACUUUGACAACAACAUCUCCCCCGUCUGGACGCGAGAGAACAUGGAUCUCCCUCCAGAUGUCCAGAGGUGGUGGAUGAUGUUGCAGCCCCAGUUCAAGUCGCACAACACCAACGAGGUGCUGGAGAAGUUGUUCCAGAUUGUGCCAGGCGAGAACCCCUACCGCUUCCGCGACCCCCGGCAGUGCCGGCGCUGUGCCGUGGUGGGGAACUCGGGUAACCUGCGGGGCUCUGGCUACGGGCAGGACGUGGAUGGGCACAACUUCAUCAUGAGGAUGAAUCAGGCGCCAACCGUGGGCUUUGAGCAAGAUGUGGGCAGCCGGACUACCCACCAUUUCAUGUACCCCGAGAGUGCCAAGAAUCUGCCCGCCAAUGUCAGCUUUGUGUUGGUGCCCUUCAAGGCCCUGGACCUGCUGUGGAUUGCUAGCGCCCUGUCCACCGGGCAGAUCCGAUUCACCUAUGCGCCAGUGAAGUCCUUCCUUCGAGUGGACAAAGAGAAGGUCCAGAUCUACAACCCCGCCUUCUUCAAGUACAUCCACGACAGGUGGACGGAGCACCACGGGCGGUACCCUUCCACGGGGAUGCUGGUGCUCUUCUUUGCCCUGCAUGUGUGUGAUGAGGUGAACGUGUACGGCUUCGGAGCCGAUAGCCGCGGCAACUGGCACCACUACUGGGAGAAUAACAGGUAUGCGGGCGAGUUCCGGAAGACGGGCGUGCACGACGCAGACUUCGAGGCCCACAUCAUCGACAUGUUGGCCAAGGCCAGCAAGAUCGAGGUCUACCGAGGUAACUGAGCUGGGUUCUCUGCGACCCUUCCAGCCCAGCAGCGCUGCUUAGGGAACAGGUCCGGCCCUGGGCGUCGCCAGGCAAUCAGGAACCCUCCGGCGCGGCCUGGGCCAAUCACGCUGCAAUCCAGGGAACGCCUGCUCUCCGUCAAUCAAGUCUGAGGGCCGGCUAGGUCCUGGCACCAAUCAACGCUUCAGUCGGGCGGAGCUUGUUUUUCCUAGCCAAUCAUGCGACUCAAGGAGAACUUCCUGCUCUGGACCCGCCUCUUCCAAUCAAUGGCCUUGGGAGGCGGGCCAGCGGCCGGUCUAUCCCCGUCCCUUCUGCUUUUGAUAGUUUUGUUUUCGCUUUUUUAAAAUGUAGAGGCUGCUUGGGCCUCGAUUGAGAACUUUUCUCAGGCUCGAGAAGCGGAGUGUCUUGGCCGCUGGCCAGCUGGUUCCACCCGGGGGAAGGAGGGGACGGGGUGGUGGCGGGCCGGGGAGCCGAUGUCCCUAGAGCCGGGAGCGGCGGCGGCUGCUCUUCCCGCGUCCUCCGGCCGGCUGGGCGAGUGCAGAGCCACCAACGAGCGCGGCCUCCACCGGGCGUUUCUGCCGUGGGGCGACCUGGCCGGCGCCCACCUCUGUAACGGGUGUCAGGAACGGGGCGGGGGAGCCGGAAGCCUGUCGGUGACCCGUUAGGUGCUGCUCACGCGUGCCCUGUCCCCAACACCUUAGGCCGAGGCCCCUCACGGUCCUACUUGUUGCUCUGGGAAAACAAUCAGAAAGCUGCCUAGGUUUGGGGCCCUGCUUCUCUGCCUGCCCCCCUCCCUCUCUCACACUGUCACACACACACGCGCGCGCGUCGGGCUGGCCCUAGGGAGAGCUGCACGCUGGAAAGGAGGCCGGAGUAGAGCGCAGCUGGCCGUGCAUGCACCUUCUUCCUUCACCCGUCACCCCAGGGUGCGAUUUGCUUUGGGCUCUUUCUCUGGUUCCCCGCUCCGGCGCUGCCUUAUAGACAGUGCCCCUCCCGCCUCCCAGCCCAGUUUCCAGUCUGUAAGGAUGGGAGGCGAACACCAGGGGUUCUGACUGAAAGUCAGCCUAAGGCCUCAGAGCUGCUGCUGAUGUCCUCACCUUCAAGGUUGUGAAAUGUAGUCGGAAAGGGCUUCCGUGAAGCUCCCAAAUCAGGGAAAGGAGCCUCCUUCCUUCCUGGCAGUGUCCUUUUCAGAGGUGGGGACAGUCACCCAUGGGACAGCUAGGGGAGCAGUGGGCAGGGCGUGGGCGCCCCUUAGCAGUCGUUAAGGAAAACUUGGUUUGCAUCUUUGCCUUCCCAGUCUCCGAAGCGUGCUGGUUCCCCGCAGGUCCUUUCUCAGGUCCCGCCAGCCCUUCUUGCCAUUCUCAUCUCAGUGCUUCCACAAGAGGCUGUUUUGAGUGUUGAGAAGAUGAUAAACAAUGCAAUUAUGCCAAACAGUAUUGAGCAGAAUAAUUUAUUUCUUUUUUGUUUCUUUCUCUUUUGUUUAAACCAUUAAUCCCCAUCCUGGAAGAGGUAGGUCCCAGCACUCAGCCCAGAUCACCUUUUCUGCAAUAGUUAUUUAAACAUUUUUUAUUCUUUCCCCUUUCUUUCGGAAUUAAAAAAAAUGAGAAACAAAAAACCUAGAGCUGUUUGUUGUGAAAUGUGUCCAAUCACCAAAGGUGUAGCUGAGAAUCCCAGCUGCUGUGACCUGUAAUGGCUAAAAUGCUAGAGGGGUCGGGAGGGGAGCAGAACAACUCCCAGAUACUUUCCUCUUAAAACUGACAAGCCUGGCUUCCUGAACUGCACUCUGAAGUGCCCCACACACCAAAUCUCCUGGACUGUGAGGAUUUGGGUUAAAAAUCAACUCAUUGGCUGGGUAUGGUUGCACACACCUGCAACCCCAGCAUUCUGGAAGGCUGAGACAGGAACAUUUCAAGUUCCAGGCCAGC